GGUUUUUAGUCCAUACAUUUCCAUUGGCAUACAGGUAAGAAUCUUUAAAGUGUAAAAACAAAAAAUCAAAUCCUUAAAGCUCAAAAAAAAAAAAAAAAAAAAAGACCCUUCAAUUCAAUCACCCAAAAAUGGUUUUUAGAAACCAUUUUCAUGUGAUUAUUGCUUUUAUCUUCAUAUCUUUACCAUUUUCCUCUAUAGCUUUGCAUGUUGUAACCCCAAUAAAAGAAUUCAAAAUCCUUCCUUCCACAGAUCCCUCUUCCUCACAUUUCAAUUCUGUCAACAUAAAAGGCCACUACAGCACUAAAACCAACUCUAAUGGUUGCUUCAACAAGAUUUACGCGUUCGGAGACUCAUAUACAGACACCGGAAAUGCUCAAUUGUUGGACAGUUCGAAAAAUCUCAAAAAGGGUCAAGAAAAACCGAAUAAUGGUUGGUUGCUCAUAGAUUUCGUUCGUGAUGCUCUUAAUAUAUCUUCAUUGCCACCGUAUAAAUCUGUUAACGCAAACUUUAGUUCGGGGGUGAACUUUGCGAUGGCGGGGGCAACGGUUUUUACGGAGGAGUUUUUGAGUCAACAUAAGAUCAAUAGCACCCUAAUGUGGAAAGAUGGUUACCAUAGUUUUCAAACACAAAUAGAAUGGUACAACAAAUUUGUUUCGGACAUAGCUUGUAAGGGAAAAAACAAUGAAAGUUGCAAGGCAGAUAUGGAGAAUAGCCUCUUUUGGGUUGGAGAAAUAGGCAUUGAUGACUAUGUUCGUGCUUUACGCUCUAAAGUUUCAUUACGGUGGAUAAAAGAUAUGGCUAUGGUUCACACCUCCAGACUCCUUGCGACAUUGUUGGAUAGUGGUGCAAAAUACAUUGUAGUCGAAGGUCUACCACCAUUAGGGUGCUAUCCAUUCGCCAAAUCGUCCCGACAUUUCGUGAAAGACGACAUGAACUGCAACGCCAAAAUCAACAGAGUAACAAAAGCCCACAACCACGACCUCCAAGACAUGUUGGAAGGUUUUCGAAGAAGAAAAGGGGCAAACGUGUCGAUUUCGUACGCCGAUUACUUCGAUGCAUACAAGGUAAUCACUGGAAACCUCAAUAAAUUUGGGUUCGAAGAUGCAUUCAAAGCAUGUUGCGGUCAUCACCGCAAUAAAAUUCUCAACUUUAGCUUCAAAAUUUUAUGUGGAAUGUCGGGUGCCGAAACUUGCCGACACCCAGAUUCUUACAUACAUUGGGAUGGGAUUCAUCUCACUGAAGCAAUGUAUCGGCAAUUAUCUGAGUUUUUCCUCCAUGGUAACUUUUGCAAACCUUCUUUUAUUCAUCUAAUUAGGGUAAAGAAAGGUCUACUUCGGGACUAAAUCACCAUUUCUUUACCAGCAUAUGUAACAAAUUUAUUUCCAUUCUUUUAAGUUAAUUCAAUUUUGCUUGUAAUGCAUAUUGUAUAUGUUCAUAGGUUGAGCUGUUUGUCCAAAAUUUAGGAGGGUUUGGAUAGAUCUAAAAAUGAGCUUAGGCAAAAUAAAUUAGGUCCAUUUAAAAUAUGGGUCGAAUUUAAGCCUAAACAUUUAAUGUUCGAGCCUAACCUGGCUCGACCCAUGUAAUUUAAUGUAAAUAUUAAAAAAAAAUGUUAUAGUGACUAUAUAUAAUCAAUAAUAUACAAA